GCAGUCUUGCAGAAGGAAUCAGCACUGAUAGCUAAAUAAAUCCAGGGAGCUGUUGCUGAUUCCAUUAGUCAGAAAUGGCGGAUGUCUUCAAAGGCUUAAACCUGAUUGAAACUCUCAAAGAGUCAAUGGAGAGCAACAAGUUAUCUGACGUAAAGGAGGCCGUGGAAGACCUUCUCAUCAGUAGGAUAAACCUAGCUGUUGUGGGGGAUCGUGGAGAAGAAAAAGUCUCCUUCAUAAACUCCCUUCGUGGCCUUGGGCCUGAAGAUGAAGGUUCAGCUCCUUCUCAGUCUCCUGUUGAACCAGAGGAAGUAGAUGGCUACCCACAUCCGAAACACCCUGACUUCCGACUUUGGGACCUUCCACCUGUCCCAGCCAUAUCCUCAUUUGAACCAGAGGGAUAUAUGAACAGAUAUAAGUUCCUUCGUUAUAAUGCUGUUUUUAUGACAUUCACACAGAUAAUACAACCCAACAGUGUGGAUGUCUUUUUGGAGGCCCUUUCUCUGCAGCGACAAACAGUGUACUUUCUUCUCUUAACUUCUGUAAAAGAAACAGAUAAGAGUCUGGAAGAAAAGAAGAAAGCCAGUUUGAAAGUACUGACAUCACAGGGCGUAAAACAACCUAAAGUUUUCCUGGUUAAACCUUCCAAUCUUGAGAAAUUUGACUUUCCUGACCUCCUGUCACACAUGGCCACAGACCUUCCUGAGAUCCGAGCUCAUGCCCUUCUGCUGGCUUUACCGACAUUCACAUUAAAAAUGGUCACCCAGAAAAAGGAGGCAUUUAAAGCACUCAUAUGGGCAGCUGCCUCCCUAUCCGGCGGGAUGUCAGCCAUUCCUGUUCCCCUUGUGGCAUCCAUGGUGGACUCAAGCAUUGCUGUGAGGAUUUUGACAAAAGCCCAGUUAUCUCUGUGCGUGGAUGAUGAAUCGGUUGAGCGACUGGCUCGACAGCGGCACCUGGAGCCAGCAAGACUGAAAGAGCUGAGAACUUGUGUGUUGUCAGUGGAGGUCACUAAGGUGGAAGUUAAAAAAAGGCUUGCAGCAGCUGAGAAGGACUUGGCUACAGUUUCGUCAAAGUUAGUGGAAAUGGCAUUGCCUAGACACGCUCGUUCAGCCAGCCGCUCCUUCACUGCGAUGUUGCAAGCUUUAAAUGGUGCUAUUGAUGAAAUGGCUGCUGAUGCUGAGAAGAUAGUGGCAGCUGCUUUGGGAGGGGAAAAAUAAAAACAAACACCUGUGUAUGUCUAUUUCUGUUUCUAUGCAAUGUAAUAUCACUUUUAUGUUUAAGGCUUUUAUUUAUGGAUCAACAGAUAGGUAUUGAACACUUCAAUGUUGUCUGUACUGAGUAUACAUGGCAUUAAAUUCACAUCAGAUGUUACCCAUGUGGCAAAACUAAUUACAUAAUUAAUUUUUUGAACCUUGAAGGUGGUCUGACUUUUCUACUUUGAUUCCAGCUGAAUGAUUCUAACAGCUUUUAGUUACUUUUAUGACACCAAUAAAGAGUUACUCAAGAUCCGUGUUUGUCUUGCUGAAAGAUCUUCCCUCGUUUCAUCUUCAGAUUCUUAUUGUUCCGUCACACAGCAUGAUGUUCUCACUUCCAGACUUUUUAAUGUUGGUACGGUGCUUUAGGAGCCCUCUGUGGCGUGCUGUGUGCAGUGAUAUCCAGAAUCCAGUUUAAUCAUAUUUAUACUCUCAACUAAUUAACUUUUCCUAGCAUUUCUCUGCCUGGUCUAAUAGCAAACAAUAAAAAGCUUCAGCAUUCUCUUUCUUUAUUCAGCAGUGAAGUCUUACACAUUCAGUGUGCAGACAGGCAUUUACAAUAAUGUAUAAUUAAAUGGUUUUAUGAAAAACAUUUAAUGCAAUUUUCUGAAGCCCUGGGAGUGAUCUGUGGCAGAUGGGUAACUCUUCUUAUUUUUAUAUUUAUUUGCUUUUUUCUUUGUCAUCUUCCAUAACAGGAUCAUUUCAUUCAAACUGAAACUGUGUUCUUAUGGCCUGAGGUUCACAGAAAAAUUCAGACAUUUAAAAAUAUAUCUGUAUCCAGUGUACCAGUGUGUAUGAGCCAUAUAGAGAGUAUUUGUAUUACCUGCAGCUAAAACAAACCAAAAUUAACUGGCAUAAGGAAGCAAGAUUGCUACAUAAAUACUGUUAUUUGUCUGCUGUUGAACUUUCUGUGCUAUUUUGCAGAGUUUUUCAUCAUGCAUUCAAUACUUACUCCGUGUGUCUCUUUGUAAUUAGGCAGACUUUAAUAACCAGUUGAAUUAAGUUAAUUUGGUUGAACUUAACUACUUGAACUUAAUUGGUUCAAAUAAGUUCAGCUGGUUAAGUUAUAUGAAGCAAUUAAGUUACCCAGUGUUAACUUUUUUUUUUCUGACAUGGUGUGACUUUGAUGCCUACAACCAUAUUAAAAUGGCAUCAUAAAGAAAAAAAACAUUGUUAAUGUGUUUAAUUUUUACAUUGAAGCAUUGUGCUGGAAUAAUUUCAAAGUACGCAUUUUGACUUGUGUGCAAGAUCAAUUCAAAUUCUAUUAAAGACUCG